AUGUGCGUAGGUGAUAUAUUGGGAAUGUGUCUUGGUCCAAUAGUAACUUGUGCCAAAUAUCUUUGUGGUGCACUGGGUCUUGGAUUGCUUUUUACUGCAGGAGCAGUUGGCAUUGAUUUAGUAGUAGAUUGGCCAAUUGUUUUGAUAAUUAUAGCAUCCUUAUUAGCAUUGAUCUGGUGUAUUAUAGUAUACUGUGGAGGAUUGUCAGAGAGAGAUGAUGAACCAUAAUAUUUAGCAAAAUAAUUUGAGUUAAUAUGUGAAACAUAAGAGAUCGUUAGAUAAUAUGAAGUAUUCAAUCAAAAUCAGAAUAGGUAAGACAUAACUAUGCAAGUGAGUUGGCUGAUGGAUGCAUAUAAAUAUCAAAUGUAGCGAUUGGAAUGUUCUAUAAUUAAUUGAUUUAUGCAUUGAUAUUGUUACUCCUAUUCUUAUUAGCAACUGUAUUAUGCUCUAAAUAAUAUUCUAGAUAUGGUUUAUACCUGUAGGAACUAAAGUGGGUUUCGUUAUUGGAUUAUUAUUUGGGUUAAUUUCUAUUUCUAUAAUUGCUUGGACAGCAUUUACAUUUGCAGGUAGAUCUAUUUGUAGAGUCAUUACAACAGCAAUAUAAAAUAAGUGGGAAUUAUAUGAUUUUAUGUAUACAGUAGGAUUUGGAGUAGUAAUGAUGUGCGUUGCGUCAAUAUAUUUCAUUUUCUUAAUACUGUUUUUCUUAUUCAAAAGUUUAUAAGGAAUUGAUAAUGAUAACAAACCUUAAGAUAAAUUAUAAUUAAUGGGUAUCUGUUGUUGUGGUUAUGCCAUGGGAAUUAUAGUUUGUGCAUUUAUUUAUAGAGAAUCAACAAGUAUAUUAGGUCGAAGCAUUUUUAAUGCUAUAGAUGGUUUAGUAAAAUGCGAUAGAAAUUUGAGUUUUAAUAAUCCUUACAUUUCAUCGCCAACUAAAUUAUUAUACAUAAUAUCUAAUAUUAUAAGUACUUAAAUUGUCAAUAUAUUGGAUACUGCUAUUUGUAUUGCAGUUUUAACAGUUGGAGGAUUUGUAAUAUUUUCUAAUUCAGAAGAAGUAGCAAAAGAGAAUAUUACAUGGAAAUCAUUAUUAGCACCUACUUUAUACUUUUGUGUUAAUGUUUUCUGUUCUGUUAUAGUUUAGACUUUAAAAAGCAUGAUUUGGGAUAAUGAAGUUGUAAGAUUCACUAAAUUAAAUAUCAGAUAAUAAGUGCUGAUAACUCAUUUAAUUACACUAUUCAUCUUCUUUUUUAUGCCAAUGGUUACAAUGCUUAAGUAAUUUUCAUUAAAAGGAGUAGAAGCACCUGAAACUUUAGCUAAGGAAGACAUUACAAUCAAGAAAAUUACUUAUUGUUGUAUUCUAGGUUAGUUAAGUAAUUUGUUAUUACUUUCUAUUGGAGAAUGGAUGACAUCACAUGGAUGUUAACCUGUUAGAAAUUUGGUAUUAUUUUUUAUCUUAUUAAGAGGCAUAAUCAUCAUCAGAUAGAAUUUUAACAUAAUCAUUCAAUUAUGCUACAUAUUUAAGUGCCAUUGGAUAAAUACUUAUUGUUUUAACUCUAGGAAUUAUAGCUACAGCUUCACAUGCUUUAGCUGGAUAUGCAGGUAUCUUAGCUGCAGCAGCAGGAUUUUUAAUUAAUGUACUUAUCAUGGUACCAUUAUUUUAUAUUGGAACUAUUUCACAAGAUGGUGCUAAAUUAUGUGUUGCAUCCCAUGUUACUCAAGUUGUAGCUGAAAGAUUUACUAAAAUGACUUGGGCAGCUAGAAAUUAUAUGAUAUACUUAAAAAUUACCAAUGCUGGCUCUGCCAUCUUAUUAGCUUUAACAUUUUUAGGAGGAGCUUUAUACCUCUUUAAGGUUGACAAUAACCCAUUAAUUGAUUUUAAUGGAAUUUUUGGUAUUCUUUUUGGUAUAGGAUUGGCAUUCUUAUUAAAAGGAAUGACUGUUGGAUCUAUAAUUACUAUAUCUAAGAUCUUUGAUCUAAACAUUUAUGAGAGUGGAAUAGCAGCAGAAAUUGCAAAAAGAAAUACUCUUUCUUUACAUCGUUAUUUUGAAAGUAAACAACUCUUAGCUAUAUUCUGGGUGUUCUUAAUAACUAUAACAGACACUUUAUUAAUUUUUGGAUUUGGUUAUUUUUUUGGAAAAAGAGGAUGUCCUGGAUUUUUAUUAGGACAUACAGUAGUUAUACUAUUUCUUAUGUGUUAUUCAAUUAUAAAUGGAACUGCAUUAAAAUAGAGUCGAUAUUAUAAUGAAGGUAAGAUUUUUGCUUUAUAUUAUAGUGGAUGAUAAGAUUUCUAAAAGAGGAAAAAUCUAUUUGUCAUAUGUUGAAGGAGACAUGUAUGGUACUUCAGUUGAAGAGAGUACAUCUAUUCCAUUAAUUGUUUACUUAUUAUACAAUACAAUUCUUAUGACAUGUGCUUAUCCAUUCUUUGCAGGAGAAGGGUAUAUUAGAAUAAUUAUAUUUAGAGACUUAUUUGUGGAAAAACCUUAAGAAACCAAGUUUUUGUGA